AUGCUCCGGCUCUGCGGCAGGAUGUGCGGCUUCUCGGCCCUGCUCUCGGUGCUUCUCGCUGGGCUCGCCGCUGCGUCCUCGGAUCUGUUUGACAACCAACUGGGCGACAUCAAUUACUGCAAAAAGCAAUGCCAGCUCACCAUCAAAAACAAAAGCCCCGCUAAAGACUCCAUAAUGAAUGCCUGUCACCGUGGCUGUCGCCUGUACUCCAUCUGUCAGUUCGUCAAUGGAAACGCCGGCUUCAACACCAGCAGGGAGGAGUGUCAGGGAGCCUGCCAGGAGGCAUAUGUUAAGCUACUGGAGCAGGAGGCCUGCAGCACCGGCUGUGCCAGUCAACCCUCUGAACCUGAGCUCAAGAGGAGGAAGCUCAGGGCCAUGACCCUCCGCCCAAAGCCCCCCUCUGUGAUGGAGGCCGUGUCCAGUUGGUGCAAUGACAUCGUCAGCUCCGCCCAAAGCUUCAUAUCUUCCACCUGGACCUUCUACCUGCAGGCAGAUGACGGCAAGGUUGUGGUUUUUCAGAGCCAGCCAGAGAUGGAGUACUCUCUGCCCGAGCUGCAGGCCCCUAGAUCCAAUGUGGCUGACAAACCCUGGCCUCAGGUCCACUCUCACACCCAGAGGCCUCAUGGUGUGAGAGGACAUGGCGAGAAGGGAGCAUCCAAAGCAGGAGGUAAAGGGAAGCAUCCUGUCCAGCACACAGAUGACCCCACAGCUGAGCAUGACUUCCUGGGCUGCAUGUCAAGACGUUCAGGUCUGCCACGGUGGAUUUUAGCGGCCUGUCUCUUCCUGUCCAUUAUGGUCAUGUUGUGGCUCAGCUGUGCCAGCCUUGUCACUGCACCAGAGCAGCACAUCAAGACACAGCUGAGUAUCAAUGGAGAUAAAGAGUUUCUGGAUAAUGCCCACAAAGUUAACCCUUACCAUCUGAGUCCUGUGAUCGCUGUUGCUGUCAAACAAUCAGAGGAGAGUCAGGAGGCGGGGCCGCUGCCAGUGAAAGUUGACCUCAACAAAACUUGUGUUUAG